CCGGCGGGGCCGCGGGCUGAGGCGGCCGCCCGCCCGCCGCCAUGCCGGUGAAGAACCGGUACAACCUGGUGGACGAUGGCUGCGACUCCCGCGUCCCGCUGCACAACGAGGAGGCCUUUCAGCACGGCAUCCACUUCCAGGCCAAGUACAUCGGGAGCUUGGAUGUCCCCAGGCCCAACAGCCGUGUGGAGAUUGUGGCAGCCAUGAGAAGGAUCCGGUACGAAUUCAAAGCCAAGAACAUUAAGAAGAAGAAGGUGAGCAUCAUUGUGUCUGUGGACGGGGUGAAGGUGAUCCUGCGCAAGAAGCAGAAGAGAAAGGAGUGGACCUGGGACGAGAGUAAGAUGGUGGUGAUGCACGAUCCUGUGUACAGAAUUUUCUAUGUCUCUCAUGACUCGCAAGACCUGAAAAUUUUCAGUUACAUCGCAAGGGACGGCGCAAACAACUCCUUCAGGUGCAACGUCUUCAAAUCCAAGAAGAAGAGCCAGGCCAUGCGCGUGGUGCGCACCGUGGGACAGGCCUUCGAGGUGUGCCACAAGCUGAGCCUGCAGCACGCCCUGCAGAACGCCGACGGGCAGGCCGACGGCGCCAGCGACAAAUCGGCCGAGGAGCAGCCGCUGGAAGUUCACCAGAUAAAGGGCUCCAAGAUCACAGAUGUGGACGAGAUUGGCAUCGAUACCAGUGGCAUCUGUGUGUCCGAGAGGGGACCCAGAGAGCUGCCAGGUGCCAGGGGGGACCUCGGCAUGCUGAAGCCUGGGCAAGCCUCGAAGGAAAAGAACGGCCAGGAUACCGAAAACUGCUCCCUCCACCUGGCCAGCUCCCAGCAGCUGCUCAGCCCGAGCAGCCCCUGCUCCUCGGCCUCCAUCACCCCGCUGGCUUCCCAGCACUGCCUCCAGCUGCUCCAGCAGCAGCUCCUCCAGCAGCAGCAGCAGACGCAGGUGGCUGUGGCCCAGGUGCAGCUGCUGAAGGACCAACUGGCGGCCGAGACAGCGGCGCGGAUCGAGGCGCAGGCCCGGGUGCGGCAGCUCCUGCUGACCAACCGCGACCUGCUGCAGCACGUCUCGCUGCUGGUGCGACAGCUGACGGUGCUGGAGGCCCGGGAGGAGCACCGGGAUGAGCAUCGGCAGCCGGCUGACCACUCCUUGCAAAACCUGUCCCUGGCCCAGUCCCUCUCCCUGAACCUGAAGAACCACUACAGCCUGGACGUCCACCUGCCGUCCACCUCCACCCCGGCCAGCAUCCUGGGCAGCCCUGUGGCCCCCGGCUCGCUGCCUUCCCUGGGCCCCAGGGACUCCUACCUCAACCUCGUCAGCCUGGACAGGGGCAGCCACCGCUACGGCAGCAAGGAGUGUCUGGAGGGGCAGGAUGGGCUCGGCCGGCGCGUGGAGGGCUCCGAGGUCAGCGACUUCGCUCUGCUCAACGGGAGCAGCCGGCAGAAGGCAGAUGACACCGACAGAGGGGAUGAGGACAGGCAGCAGCCGCCCAUUCCUAAGCUCAACCCACCACCGCCCAUCCUACGCAAGAGGUCAAGCAAGACCUCCCCAAGCCUGGAAGUGGAGGUGAAGCCCGAGAGCACUGCCCACCUGAGCCUACCCAGUGCCAGUAUCUCCAGCCUCACCAGCAUCACUGCCAGCUCCCUCACCCUCUUGGACCCUGAGGCGAGGACUCCUGCAUGGAGUGCUGCCUCCAGCACGGAGCCUGGCCCUGCCGGGACCUGCCCGCGCACCCUGGGCAAGGACAGGACUGGAGAGAGCGGGCCAAUGUCCCCCUUGGCCAGCAUCCAUGACCCAACAGCCAGCGAGACCCUGGCCAAGGAGUUGGUGGUCCUGGGCAGCCCCACGGACAGCUCACUGCCCUUCUCCCCUGCAGACGACACCUGCUUGCACAUCAGCUUCUCUGAAGAUGAGUUGGACACUGCCGUGGGGUCCAGCAGAGUCCCCUCUUAGUGGGGCCACAGUAGGUGGCAGCUGGUGGCCGGCAGCCCCAGCAGCUCCAUCCACAACCCUGCGCUGGGACUGGGGGUCCCUGUGCCCAGGCUACAAGACAGGUCCCUUCCCUGUCCUACUUAACAGCUUCCCCCACCACCUACAGGGGCACCCCACAGGAGGGGACUGGCCAGCCCUGCCUCGGUCUGCACCAGCUGACACUGCUGUCACACUGCCAUCCUGUCCCUGCUCACACAGCCAGGGAUGCUCACAGCAGAGAAUCCCAGGGAGCUGAAGGGUGGAAGCCCUGGGCAUGGUGCAGCACUGUGGGACAAGAGGCUGCUCUGGUUCAUCACUUGCCCCAACCUGAGAGGGGCCAUGCAACACAGCCAUGGUGUCACUGCCCUGCCCAGCUCCCUGGGUGUGUCCCAGACUGCCACCACGCUGGGGCUCUCCAGGGCUGCCAGUGUCCAGCAGCCCCAUGCUGUGCCCAGCCCUGCUUUGGGGACAGCAGCCCCACCACUGUGUCCCCACACAGUGAAGCCACCACUGCCUCCAUAGGUGCCUUUUCCCACUCCCCACAGAGGUUGGGCCACCCCUCUGAGGCCACAGAUGGGUGCAGGGCUGGCCCUGGAGCCUGCAGCAGUGGGGGUGACCCCCUAAGAAGGGUGCACCCCAUAUCUUGGGGUCAGGGCAGAGAGCCUUCCCAUGUCCCCCAAGCUGCUGGUGACUGCAGGCAUUAGACUGCUCCUUGUGCUGAUUUUAGGGUGUUACAGUAUGGUUUGGGUUUGAUCUCAGAAAUGUGAGUGUCCUGGGAGGAGUUAAGGUUUAAGGAAGAAGCCGACAGCAGGGUGAAGGGCAGGUUUUGUGGAGGGACCAAGGUGAUGCUUAUCCACCUUGGUUCAUCAGAGAGCAUUGGGAAAGUGUCAGAGAGUCGAGUUGGGAAGUGUCAAGCAGAAAUGGAGACUUGGAGCAGCCAUGCUGCCUGUCCCUGUCAUGGUGCUGCUCCUAUGGGGAGAGGGGAGUGACCAGACAUGCACCCAGGGCUGGCCAUGGCAGUGACAGAGCCGGGAGGGAGCUGGGGACCGGGCCGGGGGUUGUAAAGCUCGGCUGGGCUGUCCCGUAGUGCGGUAGUGACAGCCCAGCCCCUCUGUAGGACACUGCGGUUUGGUAAUGGACCUCUAAAGAAAAAAAUAAAGGUGUCAGAUUUGCAGAGCCAGUGCUGUGUCUCUGCCCCGUGGGGCCCGUGCACAGGGGGUACCGAGCCUGUGGGGUGGACUGGGAACUCCCAGGUAUUCCCAAAGAGGAAAGAUCCCUGCUGGGAAUGACAGCUGAGCCCCUGAGCUGCUCCCUGAGCAGGCCCUGCCAGGAUGGGCACCAGCAGGCAGGGCCCUGUUCCCCACACACUCCUUUAGCUCUUUUCUGGUCCCAUUUCUACUCCUGAAAUAAAUCCUGGCCCCAGCACACAGGAUGGAGGGCAGGAGAAUGCAGAUGGCAAAGCUGGAUGGGAUGGGACCAGUGACAUGCCACAGCACUGGGAUCCCAAGGGCUGCCUGCAGCCAGGAUGGGCAAGAGACCCCUGACCCUUGCAAAGUGAGGAAGGAAAUCCACGGGCAGUUCAGCACAGAGACUCCACGACAGACAAGGCACCUGUAAGACUGUCCCCCCAUGUAGGACGGGAGACCCAAAUGGAGGGAACCCAGCACCCAGAACCUCUGUGGGGUCUCAGGGCCACUCUCCAUCCCUCCAUGGAGUGGGUGCAGCCUCCAGUGUGGCAGUGGGGAGCAGGGAACCCCUUCCCCAGGCCCACUGCAGACAUCUGCCGGGGGGCUGCCUGCAUGGGGAGGGGGCACUUCCAGCCCAGAGCCUUAUUAUGCUUCCUUCAUGGGAAGAAACUUUUUCCUUUGCUGUCUGCUAAGCUGCUAGCAAUCAUCAGGCAGGCAGGUGGUAAAGAUUCAUAUCCAUCAAACAAUGCCAUUUAGUUUGUAACCUGUGACUAAA